GUAUGAAGAACCUGCCCACCCCUAAUUGAAAUCGUAGAUCUCCAGAGCCUCUCCAUCUUCUUCUUCUUCUUCCGUCGUCUCAUUCAAUUCAAUGGCGGGCUGGCUUUUUGCUCUUGCUAUUAUGGCGCGAGAUGAGAUGUCUAAGAGUGAAGCUGCAUCCCAAGUUUAUGCUAAACGUUGUCCUUAUGUUCAAGCUCGUGCUUAUUAUGCUCAAGCUCAGGCUGCUAUUCAAGCUAUGCGUACUAAAACUCAAGGGAAAUACCGAUCCCCGGUUGCUGCUCCAACCUCACUCCCCUGCCAGUCUUGAUGAUGCUUGCCGGUCUCAUGUCAAGUCCUUUUUGGAGUUCCGGACAACAUUUUGGGUGAAGUUUUUUUGCCGCUGGCUGGUUCGUCUUUGUUCUUCAUGGCUCCAACGGGUUUUUUUGUAUAUGUGAAAGACAAAUGCAUUGUUAUAGACAAUAUUGACUUGGACAUGUAUUUUACAAAGGAUUUGUAUUCGGAUGUCAUUGCAAAAGCUAAAGAACAGUAUGUGAGUCUUCCCAGGUUCAUUGGUUUUUAGUUUCAUACACCCUUUAAAGAAAUUCAGAGAGAGUCAUUAAUUUCUUAUUCGGAUUGGGUUAAGAUGAUUGAUCAUUGGAUUGAUACCCCUUCUACUUACAUCCCCUUAUACAUAGUUGAAUUACAAGACCCUAAUAUAUUACAAACUAUGGCUGAGUGUAUUGAUUUCAAUGCCCAAACUGGUAAUGGGGCUGGCAUGAGUGAAGU